AUGUUAGUUCAUGUAUACCUUCAAAUCAACGUCGGCCAGUUCAGGCAGCUCUCCAAUGAUUUAAAAAAGUUUAUCCGCCAGAUUCGAUGCAUCCCAAACCACACGCCCUUUCGUUUCGCUAAUACGUUUGGCGAUGCCCUGUACGAUCACCGUGUCGGGGGUGAAUUCGGACCGUUCGCUGAGACGUCAGACUUCACUUCGUAUUCGAUUCCUGAGCACACAUCUUCCGAAACCAGAAAUGCAAUCCCCCCGGUGCUUUCACGCCCAUACAGAUCAUUCUUCAGUCAUGCGGCCCUUCAUUCUACAAAUAUUCUCAUUAGCCAAGGUAGAUUGUCCGGGAUAGUAGACUGGGAGUGUGCAGGAUACUUUCCCGAGUAUUGGGAGUUUACGAAAGCAAUAUUCGGAAUCAUCAACAAUGAGGCAUUGGAGAAGAUUAUGCGCAAUGCAUUCGAUGAAGACUACGGGGAUGAGCUGGAUGUGGAGCGGACGCUUUGGAGAGACUCUCCAUUUGGUAUUUAG